AAGAGUGCGCCUAUAAAGACGGGCGGCUCGGGCCCCGGGCAGUCCCCGGCGCUCGUGGUCUCUGCGUCUCCCGUCUCUGCCAUGGCUCGCACGAAGCAGACCGCCCGCAAGUCCACCGGCGGCAAGGCCCCGCGCAAGCAGCUGGCCACCAAGGCCGCCCGCAAGAGCGCGCCGGCCACGGGCGGCGUGAAGAAGCCGCACCGCUACCGGCCCGGCACCGUGGCGCUGCGCGAGAUCCGGCGCUACCAGAAGUCCACCGAGCUGCUGAUCCGCAAGCUGCCGUUCCAGCGCCUGGUGCGCGAGAUCGCGCAGGACUUCAAGACCGACCUGCGCUUCCAGAGCUCGGCCGUCAUGGCGCUGCAGGAGGCGAGCGAGGCCUACCUGGUGGGGCUGUUCGAGGACACCAACCUGUGCGCCAUCCACGCCAAGCGCGUCACCAUCAUGCCCAAGGACAUCCAGCUGGCCCGCCGCAUCCGCGGGGAGCGGGGUGCGUCCCUGGCGCUUGAGCGCGUAGACCACGUCCAUGGCGGUGACGGUCUUGCGCUUGGCGUGCUCCGUGUAGGUGACGGCGUCGCGGAUCACAUUCUCCAGGAACACCUUCAGCACCCCGCGGGUCUCCUCGUAGAUGAGGCCGGAGAUGCGCUUGACGCCGCCACGUCGAGCCAGGCGGCGGAUGGCGGGCUUGGUGAUGCCCUGGAUGUUGUCGCGCAGAACCUUGCGGCGCCAGCGAGCCAAAGUCGCGGAAAUAUGGCUCGCACGAAGCAGACCGCCCGCAAGUCCACCGGCGGCAAGGCCCCGCGCAAGCAGCUGGCCACCAAGGCCGCCCGCAAGAGCGCGCCGGCCACGGGCGGCGUGAAGAAGCCGCACCGCUACCGGCCCGGCACCGUGGCGCUGCGCGAGAUCCGGCGCUACCAGAAGUCCACCGAGCUGCUGAUCCGCAAGCUGCCGUUCCAGCGCCUGGUGCGCGAGAUCGCGCAGGACUUCAAGACCGACCUGCGCUUCCAGAGCUCGGCCGUCAUGGCGCUGCAGGAGGCGAGCGAGGCCUACCUGGUGGGGCUGUUCGAGGACACCAACCUGUGCGCCAUCCACGCCAAGCGCGUCACCAUCAUGCCCAAGGACAUCCAGCUGGCCCGCCGCAUCCGCGGGGAGCGGGCCUGAGUUG